AGCAACAGCAAGGUCAACUGUUUGGUACUCAUUGCACAAAAAGGCAUGGCAUAAAGCACAUGUGCAUCAGUUAGAGAGGCGAUUCCUGACCACCAUCUUCGUUUCUCGUUCAUUGCCGGAACAACACUACUUCCCAAGCAGCGGUCAUCUAAGAACAGAUGCUCUUCGAUCAUUUGACUCCAUUUAGCUGAACGCAACACGGUGACACGAAGACCGGAAUCCAUCCACCAUCCAGAGACCGAAUUGCAGAGAGAGCGAAUAUAUAAGUACUCCAACUGGACUAUUCUUGGGCUUCAACAUGGCUUCAAACGGAAACAAGGACUUCAUCAUCAAGCACAUGAACGCGGACCACCAGGAUUCGUUGGUGCUCUAUCUCCAGGCAUACUGCCACGUUUCCGCCGGCGAUGCCAAAUCCGCUCGACUGGAGGAUAUCAGUCUCUCAGACCUAGUCAUCUCAGCCGAUGGCGUUCGCUACAGCGUCCCCUUUGACCCGCCUAUGAAGAGCUUCUCCGACACUCGUUCCCGCGUGGUGGCCAUGUACGAGGAUUCCCUGCAGCGCUUGGGACUAUCGGAGUUCGCCAUCAAGGAGUAUCGAGCACCCCAGGGCUUCCAAAUUGUCAUCUUCGUGACAUGUCUGGCUACGUAUAUUGGAUUCGUCCAGCGCAGCAACUUCCUACCCGGGUCGAUUAUCUACGAGUCGUUGGGGCUUGAGAAGGUCCCCGCGUUUGCGCAGUUUUGCUACGAUAUUCAGCCGUUGUUGUUCCCUGCUAUGGUCGGGAUUCAUGUGUUGGAAUCAGGAUUGUUGGCAUUUUUGCGAUUGCGGCCUCAUAGAGUGCCCUUGUUCUCGGGUUUGUGGUUCGCGUGGAUGGCCUCGACGUUUAUUGAGGGUUUCGGGGCGUUUCAACGGAUCAAGGGAAUGGUCAAGGAGGAGGAGACGAAGCGGGAGAAUCGCAAGUGAUCGUAUUAGGGGAAUAUGGUUGAACCGAUUGGGUCUGUAAUGUUAGUUAUCUCCAUAAUAAUGGCCAAUGAUGAGAAUCAAAUAAGAAAAUACCCCGUAGUGAUAGCUUAUCUUAUCGGGUUAGUCAAACGAGUCACAUGACGCGCUAGUCUUGAUGUGGACUAGUGCGCACAUCGG